GUUACGUAUUUGUUUUCCAUGCCACAAGAUAUAUGUAAUCGCUGGUAUAGGGUCUCCUAUUCGUUCGAAAAUGGCGUUCGGAGACUACCCAGCUGAAUAUAAUCCGAAAGUGCAUGGCACAUAUGAUCCUGCCCGUUAUUACGGGAAACCUGACACACCACUAGCUGAUGUGAAGGUUGGUGAACUGGGAAGCUGGCUUGCACGCCGCAAUAAGUCGCCACAAGCUAUGGCUGGUGCUAUCAGCCGUGCUUGGUGGAGAUGGCAACACAAAUAUGUGCAGCCGAAGCGACCAGGGAUUGCUCCGUUCUUUCAAAUAACAGCUGGUGCUAUGCUCUUCUUUUAUUGCAUCAAUUAUGGAAAACUGAAGAGGCACCGUAACUACAAGUAUCACUGGUAAACAUUAAAACAGCACCAAGCAUAUUUUGUGGAUAAUCUAGCAAACACAAUGUAUUAGUGUUGAAAACUUUAUUCCUGUACAGUGAAUAAAGUGAAAUUAAUGAA